AUGGUCGCCCUGCCUUCAGGUCAUGGAUUCUGUGACUGUGGACAGUGUGAAUGUGAUGACGAGUGGCAUGGGGAUGCCUGCCAGAUCCAGGAGGACUGCACCCUCUCCGGCCGGAGCAGCAAGGAGCUCUGCAGGAACACACAGGGGGUGGUCUGCUCCAACGCAGGCUCGUGUCAGUGCGGCAGCUGCGUGUGCCACAACCCUGACGGCCGAGGAUUGGUGAGCGGGCGCUUCUGCGAGUGUGACGACAGCGAGUGUCUGGACGAGGACACGGGUGAAGUGUGUGGAGGGCACGGCCAGUGUUACUGUGGAAACUGUUACUGCGCUGCCGGUUGGCAUGGAGACAAAUGUGAGUUCCAGUGUGACAUCAGCCCAUGGGAGAGCAAGAGGAGGUGCACGUCUCCAGAUGACAAGAUCUGCAGCAACCGGGGAACCUGUGUUUGCGGGGAGUGCACGUGCUAUGAUGUGGACCCCUCGGGGGACUGGGGGGACAUCCACGGUGACACGUGUGAGUGUGACGAGAGGAGCUGUCAUGCCACCUACGACCGAUAUGCCGACGACUUCUGCUCAGGUCACGGCCAGUGUAACUGUGGAAGGUGUGACUGUAAGGAGGGCUGGGCUGGCAGGAAGUGUGAGCACCCCCUGUCCUGCUCCCUCUCUCUGGAGAGCAGUCUGAAGAAGUGCAGAGGAACCUCCGUCAUGCCCUGCUUUGGACGAGGGCAGUGCCAGUGUGGCCAGUGUACCUGCCACCCGCCAGGAGACAGCCGAGUUCACGGGAAGAACUGUGAGUGUGAUGACCGCCAGUGUGAGGACAUCAACGGGGAUGUGUGUGGAGGUCAUGGCUUCUGCUCGUGUGGCAGAUGUAUUUGCAGCGACGGCUGGUUUGGGAAGCUCUGUCAGUUCCCCCGCACCUGCGAUAUGACAGACGCCCAGAGCAAGGAGCUCUGUGAAACUGCAGAUGGCGUCAUGUGCAACGGGAAAGGAUCCUGUCACUGUGGACGGUGUAUCUGCUCUCCUCAGGACUGGUGGGUGUCUGGGGAGUACUGCGAGUGUGAUGACAGAGAGUGUGACAAGCAUGAUGGCCUUAUCUGCACAGGGAAUGGAGUCUGCAACUGCGGCAACUGUGAUUGCUGGGAUGGCUGGACAGGCAACGCAUGUGAGAUCUGGGUAGGGGCCGAGUACUGACACAGGGGACUGUCGCAAACACAGACUGUGCUGCCUGAGAACGAGGGAGCAAGAAAGGAUGCUGGCCCUCCUUGGGUAGGAGAGGAUGGAGGGAACGAUGAAGUGGAGAAGAAAAGAGAAGCUUAAGCCGAAAAUGGGAUGUAAUUCUUCAUUCAGAUAUCUGCAUAUCACUUUGUAUAACAGCAUUCAUUGUACUGGUUACAAAUUAUCGUCAUUAAAACUGUGUUUUUUAUGCAAGAAAAACAACUGCGGAAGCCAAAAAGCUGUUUUUCUGUUUAAAACACAUUACAAUGUAACCCUUUAUAUUUUUCCAAUACAACUAUAUGUAUGAAAAUGUGUUUAUAUAGGAAUGCGUACAUACUCCAGAAAGCUACAUAUUAUAAGAUGCAGGUACAUUAAAAUAAUCCAAACGUUAAAAUAAAAAGGAAAAUGUUUUAUUAUUAAUAAAAUUGUUCUAACUGUG